AAAUACAUCAGCAUGGCUAACAGCAGGUUGGAAAAAAUCGGAACCAUCAUAACAAGGACCCAAGGGCUGCUCAGGUCAGGUGCCAUGAAGUUCGAUGAACGACCACUUUGGUAUGAUAUAGUGACCGCUUUUCCUCCCCUCGACGAACCACGUUACGAUCGUCCCGCUCCGAAUGUUCCCGUACGACAAAUAUUCUAUCAAGAAGAUACCGUACGAGCCAAAUUUCACAAAUCCGGCAAAGCUACAUUCGCCACAAACUUGCUGGAUACGAACAACCUAACGCCCACCCAGCAAUUCAUUGGAAUUUAUCAGAACCUUUCCACGCAAGGUGCAUUAGACGAGCAGAAGGUGUUCGAAACAGCAAUUGAUCUUCUGGAAGAUAAAAUGCGCCAGCAAAGAGCCGACAAACGACCGGCUGAAAAUGCGUCAAUGGAGCAGCCUAAGCUCUCGUCGAAACCUGAGGAUAGUGGCAAAACUGUGCAAUUGCAAGAUAUAUUUAAAGAUUGAUAACUUUGUUCAUUUAGGAGUGUAAUUCAAUAAAAUGAAAUCG